CACACGCAACUGAUGCGUUAGUUGGUACAUUUUACUGUACUGUAUAUAGAUAGCUACAAUAAUGAGCGAUCAGGGAUACUUUUUUAUUAUUUUGACAUUUCAUGUGUAUCACCAGUCUGCCAUAGUCUAAAAAUUGUCAAAAGACUGGUUGACGGCCAUUUGGGUGGACUAUGUAUAUAGACGGACAUAAGGCGUACUGUAUCGUGUAUCAAAUAAAACUACAGCUUUGCCAAAAAUUGAAUUGAUCUAGAACUGUGGAUAAGAUGGCUUCUUUGUAAAAUUUGAGUGACUAUAUAUUUAGGUACUGGUUUGUUUGAAAUUUUAAGAAUGACUGAUCAAGAAAUGAGACAAGGAGGUGGCACCUGUAACAAUGUUGAUGUUCAAUGGAUGGAAACUUCUUUUAAAUAUGCUGAAGAUGCUUUGAUUAAUAAAGAAGUCCCGGUUGGAUGUAUAAUAGUCUUUGAAAAUGAUAUCAUAGCCACUGGAAGAAAUGAGGUGAAUGAAACAAAAAAUGCAACUCGUCAUGCUGAAGUUGUAGCUAUAGAUAAAGUAUUGAAUUGGUGUGAGGGCAACGGAAAGAAAUCAGCAGAUGUGUUCAGAGGCAGCGUAUUAUACGUGACGGUUGAACCUUGUAUUAUGUGCACAGGAGCUUUGAGAUGUGUUAGGCUAGGGAAAGUUGUGUACGGGUGUGGAAAUGACAGAUUUGGUGGUUGUGGAUCGGUGAUGGACAUUCACACGGAUGAUUUACCAAAUCUUGGUCCUCAAUUUGAGUGUAUAGGUGGUUUAAUGGCAGGAAGGGCUGUGAACAUUUUAAAAGAGUUUUACAAGGGGGAGAAUAUUAAUGCUCCAGAAUGUAAAAGAAAAGUGAAAGAUGGUUGUGAAAUUCAGUCUGAGUGUUCAGGAAAUUCUAAUUCUGAUAAAUCCAAAUAAAAU